GUCGUGUGUUGCCUGCUGAAUUACUGAAGGAAACAGAAGAACAAAGUAGCACACCAGCAAACCAAAAUACAACAACAGACUUUGCAGCUACCCAACGACAAAUAUCCAGAUCAUAUAUUGACUCAAACAAAUUAGCAGAAGAUGUAGAAGAUGAAAGUGAAACUCCUUUACCUAAGGUUGUCAAAGAAUAUGAUGACAUAGAUUCAUUGGGCAGACUCAAUGAAUGCAGUGAUGAGGAAGACAAUGAAGGAAGUGCUUUUUAUGAAAUUCCAGUGGCUAGGCAGCAGCUGUCUCUUGAAAGUAUCAGCCAGUCUCAAGGUGCUGAUGGCUUCAGCAUUACUUCACCAGAGAGUACAGAAGAACUUCAAGAUGAUGUUAUAGAUUCCACCUUGAUGCCACCUUCAUCUGUCCCUCCACCUCUUCCUCCAAGAAAAGAAAUAAGAUUUUCAGAUUCUGGAAGUCGUAACUCCAUCAACUUUGAUGACAAACCUCCAGAAUUACCCUUUCGACCUCCUCUUCCUAAACGCAAUGAGCUCUGCACACAUUCAGAUAAGUCAGACCGCUCAGAAAAAUCAAAUAAUUCUGAUCCAGAACUUUCAGGUGAUGGAGACAGCACUAGCUAUGAAUCAUUUGAAGAAGGUGAACAUUUGGACACAGAUAUAAUGAACAAACUGAGCAUCCAGCUACCAAAGAAACCAAUAAAAAGAAGGGACUUACAGAAGAGUAAAAAACUUAGCAAGUCUCGAUCAUCCUCUCAGUGGGAAAUCAGUGCUCCUUUCAGAAAACUGGAGAAUAUCAACAUCUCUGGUGAGCUGUAUUAUAAAGGGAAACUCAAGUGGAAUCGCAGAAUUGUUGCUAUUAGUAACGGUUGCCUAGCAAUGUACAAACCUGACAAGGAAGCAAGACCAUCAUUAGUAAUCCCCAUUUCUGGCUAUGAAGCUUAUAUGAAUGAAAGAGAAGGAAGAAGAGGGUUUGAAGUGAAGAUGUCACAUCCAAACGAUGACUCCCAUACAUUUUCAGCAGAUUUUAAAGAGUGGGCUCUCUUAUGGAUUGAGCACAUCAAUGGUACUUCCAAGGGACAAACUCCACCCAAGUAUCACACACAUUUAGCUCGAUCUUUCAGUGGGGAUGGUGACUGUGGUGCUGUUGCCCCAGCAUCUGGCAGCAAGCCUUGUGUGCAGAUGGGACGUUAUACUCCAAAGGGCGAUAGUUCUGUCAGUCAUGACAGCAAGCUAACUGAUAAAGAGGCAUCUAUACCAGAAUUAAUGCAUCAAGUGUCACCAUUAUCUCUGUCACGUUGGAACUGGAAAAGUGCUUUCUACAGUUGGUCUAUGCCACUCGAUCAGCUCAUUCUUACCUUCAGAAGAGUGAGUCUUUCAACUUCCAAUCUAUCAACUGGAAGUGAGGGUGGCUCUGAGGACAGUUCGAAACCCAAGAUUAAGGGUAGCAAAGUGAUGAGAAUGGGUUCCUUUGCCUUUCGAGCGACACAGUUUUUUGAGAACAUUGGAAAGAAAACGACAAACAAGAGAAAGUCUCACCAUGGUUCACUUUCAAACUUUAGGCACUCUGGUGACUUAACAGAUGUUUGUGAUGGCAUUGUUGAAGAAGCGUCAAUGCCAACUUCUAGCUCAGCUGGUAACCUUGCCAAAAACAAGAAAACCAUCAGUUCAGAUAGUAUUUCAUCAUCUACAUUGACAAAAACUGAAAAUGCACUGUCAAUACCUGCACACUUAGAUGCAGUUGACUGUUACCUUUUAAUCUUCAGUAGCUUCAACAAACGUUGCUGGGGGAAACGGUGGUGUUUGGUCAACAGGAACAUGUUUGAGUGUUAUAAAAGUGACAGCAGUAAACAGUGUGAGCUCAGCUUUCUUUUAAAGCCCUGUAUAUUACGCAGAGCAGUUGCAGAAACAAACAGUGAGAAUGGAUUGAUGAUCAUGGAUGCUAUAAAAGAGAAGAUAACUGUGGAGCCACUUUCAAAAGACGAAAUGGGACAGUGGGUUCGAGUGUUUCUUAAUGAAACAUCUACCCCAAAUGUUCCAGAAGGUUUAGAGGAGUACAUAAAGGAACCAGCACAUCCCGAGGGUGACAGCAUAAGUGUAGUAAGCUUCUCUGUUUUAAAGCAAUGGAAUCCCUCUUCGCAUGAUUAUGAAGAUCCUGAUACUGUUGAUGCUGCAGCAAAAAUACAUGCUCAAAACGUUGCAGAAUCUGAAGUAUCACUGCACUCCAAUACAGUUACUCAGCGGGAGUAUCUAACAUCUGAACCUGUCAGUAAAGUUGAAGACAGUUUGCCAGUGUACCAGAAGAAUAAACACACAACAGACAGUGGAUUUUACAGUGCCAAGGGAGCAAACUCAGACAGUGAUAGUUGUCAUGAGAUCUGUGAUCUGAAUUUGAGAUAUGCAGAUACAAAUUCAGUAACAUUAAAAAAUGUUACUUCACUGUCAAUUAAAGAAAAGAAAUCUGAUAAAAAUAAAAACACUAGCCUGACAGAGAGAGGUAGACAGGAUAACUGUAUUUAUUGUCGUAGGCUUUCAGCAGCUUGUCAAUGUGCUUGUUUAACUCAUUCUUCACCUUCAUUAUCUUCUGCUACAGCAGGCUCAAAACCAUUGGAAAUGGUAACUUCAGAAUCUCAUUUACAUGUCUGUAGAUGUACCCCAGUCUCCCAAAAUACUGAUAGCAAUACUGCCAACUGUGAAUGUCCAUGUUCUGCACAUGAUACAGACUUGGUGCAAGCUGACAGCUCAAUGAGCACAAGCCUAACUUUACUGCAUCCAAAUAUAAAGGAGUAUUCUAUGGUUUUGAAAAAAUCUGAAAGGUCAUUGAAGUCUUCAGAAUCUUACAGUGAGCUGCAAAAUGGAACAAUGAACAUGACUGAGCAUGAUAGUUAUAAUAUCCUCAGUAAUAAUGAUACCAGUUGUGUUAAUUUUUCUUUGGUACGAAAAUGUUCUUUAGAAACCGAUGACAACGAAACAUCAUAUUAUGAACCUAUCUGUGCACUUGACUACACUGCCAGCACUUCAGCAGAUGAAAAUCUAAUUACAUUAAACAGCAACAGCUCGCCUGUGACAACAUCUGGCAGUAACAGCUUUAACCACCUACCUCCUGUUCCUACUUCUCCAUUUCCACAUCCGGUACUAACAAUGUCACAUACGCCUACAGCUACAUCAUCAGAAUCAAAAACACAUAUUUUCAAGCAGUCUGAUGUCUGGACAGAAACCAGCCAGAGUCCAGGUUUAAGUGGAUCAAGCAUAAUGCAUUCAGAGGAAAAUGAGAACAAAAAUGCCAGUGUAUCCACUUUGAAGUACAUGUCUGAAAGCAAAGCAGAAACUUCAGCUUCAGAAAAAGGCAGUUUUGAUGUUGGUGAUCAAUCUUUGGCAUGUGAGUAUUGUUGUAUCUUCUUCUUAGCAUUCACCAGGUGUAAACUCUGGUGGAAAGUUCGUGUUGUUCAUCAUUUUCGAAACUUUGGUCUUGUUCCAAAACUU